ACCCCGCCGCCGCGCCCUGUCGUCUGCUGCUCUCGCGCGUGCCGUCUAGGUUUCCAGCCGCCUGUGCCAGGAGGAAAGGAAGGCUAGCCGCGCCCAUGGCGGAUGACGAGCAGGCGGAGAGGAAGGGGGAGGUCGCCGAGGAGCGGAUUAAGCUGCUGAAUCGGAAGGAUAUGGUUGUUUUGAAGUUGGGUGAGUAGCGAGAUGUGAUGGACUGCGCUGUUCGUUCUACUGAGCAUGAUUAAAAAUCUUACUCCUUUUGAUCCGACCAAGAAAAAGAAGAAGAAGAAGAUUGUGAUCCAAGAUCCGUCUGAUGAAGUGGAUAAGUUGGCAGAGAUCACAGAGAGCUUGGCAGUCACCGAGUCUGGUGAGCCAAGCUUUGCUGGCAUGAAAAAGAAGAAGAAGAAACAUGUCGAACUUGAUUCUUCUCUUACUGAAACUGGAGAUGGUGACGACACUGUAGAUGAUCAAGUUGAAGAGAAUGAAGAACUAGAAGGGAUUGUGCUUGGUGGUGCCACCAGAUACCCUUGGGAGGGUACUGACAGAGAUUACAAGUAUGAAGAGCUGCUUGGAAGAGUGUUUAAUAUUCUGCGUGAGAACAAUCCAGAUCUUGCCGGUGAUAGACGAAGAACUGUUAUGAGGCCCCCUCAAGUUCUUAGGGAAGGAACAAAGAAGACAGUUUUCGUGAACUUCAUGGAUUUGUGCAAAAUAAUGCAUAGGCAACCCGAACACGUGAUGAUGUUUUUACUUGCUGAGAUGGGAACAAGUGGAUCCCUUGAUGGGCAACAAAGGUUGGUUAUCAAAGGAAGAUUUGCUCCGAAAAACUUUGAGGCAAUACUAAGGAGAUAUAUCAACGAAUAUGUCAUAUGCAAUGGAUGCAAGAGUCCGGACACCAUUCUUUCUAAGGAGAACCGUUUAUUCUUCCUUCGUUGUGAACAGUGUGGUUCGUCGAGGUCAGUUGCUCCCAUCAAGGCUGGAUUUGUCGCCCAGGUUGGCCGUCGGAAGGCCGGAGCCUAAUUUACCUUGUACUGCUCGGAUACUCUUUCCCCGAUCAACACAACGCAAACUAGUUUGCCGGUCGACGACAAUUACUGUCCAUUUCACUGUACCCACCGUUUAGUGGAUUUUCUGCUGUUCAAUAUAUUUCUAUUGCUGUUGUGAAUUUUAAUUUA